UUAAAUUAUUUUUUUUUUUUAAAGUAUUUUAUAAUAAUUAAUAAACAUUAAGUAAUUAUGUUUUCAAUUGAAAAUUCAACAAAAUCAAUAUUAUUAUGUGGUCCACCAAGUAUAACAAGAACAUUUAUGUUUGAAAGUGCAAUUCAUUGGGCUGAAAAAGAUCAACGUGUUUUUUACAUAACACCAGCUCCAUUGACAUCAAUACCAGCAAAAUAUCAUGACAGAAAUGAUCUCAUUCCAACGACAUUCAAUAUGAUACGUUUCAUGCAUUUAUCUAGUUAUGAGAGUCUUGUGGAGCAACUUGUUAACAUUCAUACCUUUGAAGUUCGACCAUCAGUAUUAUUAAUUGAUAGAUUAGAUACAUAUAUUCAAAUUAAAGACCCUAAAGUUAAAGAACAACAUGAAGUACACAUUGCAAGACUAUGUGCAAUAAUUCAUGAUUCAAUGAAUGCCUGUUCAAGAUUAAAAAAAGUCCAGGUUCAUAUUUGUGUAUCAGUAUCACCAGAUAAUUUUAAAACAAAUAUUUAUCAGCAUUAUUUUGAUAGUAUUUGGAGAUUUGACAAAAACAAUGAAGGAAUUGUUGAAUUAAAAAAAAUCAAAGGUGAUCUAGAUUAUCAAGAUGUUUUUAGAUACGAAAAAUAUGUUGAUGGUACAGUUAUUCUUAACAGUGUAUUAGAAUUGUGUAAAAAUAAUUCAUCAACUCAUAAAAUUACAUGAAUAAUUUGAUCAAGAUGCUUGAAAAAAAAACAUGACAACUCUUCAUGUUCCUGGGCCCCAUAAGUUAUGUUUUGUUUACACAAUUAAUUUAUUUUAAUCUUGUUAUUUAUGUUAUUAACAGAACUGAUGAUUUAACACUAAAUUUAAAUUAUUAAAUAAUAUUUUAAGACUUUUCUGGAUGACAAAUUACAUUUGUCAUUUGAUUCUUAAUAAAAAGAAAAUAUAAAAACACAUGUUACAUCAAGUGUACCAGUUUGAAUUGACCUUAAGGCAUGUCCAACGCGCAACGAAAAUACAGAGAAGUUUCUGAAAUUUUGACAGUAGAUUAUUUACGUAAUAAUACACAAUCCCCAAUUUUUUUAUAAUUUUUUUGUCGGUGGUUUUCUUUUAAUUAAUUAAUAAAGUUGACAUUUUUCAAGAAGGUUCAAACAUAGAGUGAAACUGACAGAAGAAGUUUGCAUGUGUGGUCACACAGACAUGUAAUUGUCGUGAUUUCAUCUGCCAGUCCCACUCUAUAUUCAACCUGGCCAACAUAAUUUUUAAUUUACAGUAAAUGAUAUUUUAAAAUUCAAUUGGAUAAAUAGACUUAA